AUGUCCGAAGUCAGACAUGCAAAGAGCUCUUCAGCGCGCCGUACAUCGGCCAGUCAGGAUGUCAACUAUUUCAAUCUCCCAGUCCCUCAACCUGGUCCGCCGUUCCUAUUCCUCACGUUUGCGACACCCUCCAACAUCACCCACGAGCCUCCUCGAUCUACGCCUUGGGAGAGGGCUAUGCAAGACGGCGCAUUUACAAACUCAACUUCCCCAACAGGCUCAGGAGUUGGCAGACAGAGGUCUGAUUCCUUGUCUGCUCCCAACCUGAAAUUUGGAGUCGAUCCGCCACGGCCGCCUCGCGAGGGAUACGAGUAG